UUUAUUAUCUACGCCAUUUGUACCAAGACAGGUGAGAAGGAAUUUUCGCAAUUAAAAGCAUUAUUCUGAUAUUUAAAGCUGUAAAAUGCAAGCUUUAAACCAUGGAAUAUGUCAGAAAUGCUUCCACAAACUGAGUAGGUUAAAAAGGACCUCAGUACGGGUACACAGAAGACUUUAUUCUUCAGAGUGGAAAUCUAAAGAUGUUCGAAAGCAGUUUCUAGAUUUCUUUUGCACCAAGAACAGUCAUGAAUUUGUAAAAUCUUCAUCAGUGAUUCCGGGGAAGAAUCAGGGAACUUACUUCACAAAUGCAGGAAUGAAUCAGUUCAAACCAAUCUUCCUGGGUACUGUCCCCGAGGGUUCGGAUCUUGCCAGGUACAGAAGAGUGGCCAACAGUCAGAAAUGUGUUCGUGUUGGCGGUAAACAUAAUGACCUGGAUGACGUAGGUCGUGACCUCACACAUCACACAUUCUUUGAGAUGCUCGGCAGCUGGUCAUUCGAUGAUUAUUUCAAGAAAGAAGCAUGUAGUAUGGCCCUGACAUUGUUAGUUGAUGUGUACAAACUACCACUAGACAGACUGUACUUUACAUAUUUUGGUGGUUGUGCUGAGCUUGGUGUACAGGCGGAUCUAGAGUGCAGGGAAAUAUGGAGGGAGCUUGGUGUACCUGAGGCUCGAAUUUUACCAUUUGGGAUGCAAGAUAACUUCUGGGACAUGGGAGAGACAGGCCCCUGUGGGCCGUGCACUGAGAUCCAUUUUGACCAUAUUGGGAAUAGAGACGCUUCAAGUCUGGUUAACAGGGACUCGCCAGAAGUUGUUGAGAUUUGGAAUCUUGUGUUUAUGCAAUAUAACAGACUGGGACCAGAGAAGCUGGUAUCCCUACCACAUACACAUGUAGACACUGGUAUGGGCUUAGAGAGAAUUUGUGCUGUGCUGAGGGGAACCAUGUCUAAUUAUGAUACAGAUCUUUUCCUGCCCAUAUUUGAUGUAAUAAAUAAGGAAACGGGCAUUUCAGUCUAUAAAGAUAGGAUUGGUUCCAGUGAUGUUGACAAUAUAGACACUGCCUAUAGAAUUAUAGGAGACCAUGCUAGAAUGGCCACAGUCUGUAUUAGUGAUGGACUCCUUCCAGGUAGAAUGGAUCUAGAGCACAGAUUACGUAUUGUGAUAUACAGAGCAUUGUUCCAGUGUCAUCAGCUGCUCAAAGCUAAACCUGGUCUUCUUGGAACACUGGUCAGGCCCAUUGCUGAAUCUCUUGGUGACACUUACCCAGACAUAUCUACACAUGAAAAUAAGGUGAAGGAAGUAUUAGAUAUGACAGAGGAGAGGUAUCUGCAGUCACAUAGUGAGGGUAGAAAGAAUUUUGAGAAACUUAAGAAGAAAAAUCCAGAUUUAACUACAUUAAAUGGUGAAUACAUAAAAAGGUUACAUGAUGGUUACUAUGGUUACAAAAUGUCAACUGAACUAAUUGAAAUGAUAGCGCCACAGUAUGGUCUAAAUAUAGACAUAGAGGACUUGCAUGCAUACCUUGAGUUUCAGCAUGGUGUUCCCAUUACUCCUGUAGAAGUGCAAUACCCUAACUUUACAGCAGAGUUGUUAAAUAAUUUAGCCAGUAGAGAUAUACCUGCCACAGAUGAUAGUCUCAAAUAUGAAUAUACAAAGUCCACAGAAGGAAUAUAUGAAUUUCCAGUAAUAGAGGGAAAAAUUCAGUGCUUAGUUGACGACAGAAAUCAGUUGUCUAAGCAUGCAUCAGAAGGUGAUAAAGUAGGGAUGAUUUUAGACAAGACACAGUUUUAUGCUGAAAAAGGGGGACAAGUAGGAGAUAAAGGUCUGCUGAAAACUCAGACUGGUACAGUGGAGGUAUUUGAUACACAGUCCAGUGGUGAUUUUGUUUUACAUAUUGGCCAUGUUGUACAGGGUCAUGUUGAAGCUGGCCAAGAAGCUGCACUAAAUAUAAAUUCUGAAUGGAGAAUCGGAUGUACUCGGAACCACACAGCGACUCAUCUUGUAAACUCAGCCCUACGUCAGGUUCUAGGAAGUGAUGUCACACAAAGUGGAUCAGUCGUCACCUGUAAUAAACUCACCUUUGAUUUUUCAUGUUGGGCACAAAUUAAAGAUGAAGACAUUGAAAAGGUGGAUGAAUUAGUAACAUCAACAAUAGAAGAGGAGGUUCCUGUACAGAGGCAACUGGUUCCACUGAAACAAGCUCUGGAGAUAGAAGGAAUGGUUUAUCUAGAUAAUGCGGUAUACCCAAGUCAUGUAUACGCAGUGUCUGUUGAAGGUCAUUCGGGAAAUAAAUCUUGCAUAUCGAAUGAGCUGUGUGGGGGAACCCAUGUGUUGAAUACAGGUGACAUUGAAGAUUUCUGUAUAACUAGUGUUCAAGGUCAAGGCAGUGGUACUAAAAGUAUUGUAUGCCUCACAGCAGAACCAGCUAGGCAGGCUAAACAAACAGCUGAGCAAGUGGAAUUGUUGUAUCGUGACCUGGCUACGUCUGUAAAACAAGAUGGAGAAUUAAAACACAGUACAGAGUUACAGAAACAGAUAAAUACGGUUCUAGGAACAAAAGUGUUACCAAAGUUGUUCAAGGACAAGAUGAUGACAAAAAUGGCGGCUAUUGGAAUGGACAUCAACACAGCGCUUAAUAAACAAGCUUUCAGACAACUACAUGAGGAUCUGAGUGCUAGAAUGAGUAAUGAAGAAGACUAUAUUGUACAUCAAUUUUCUAUGAAAGUGCUACCAAAGCUAAAUAAAAUGAUGAAAUCUUUGAAAAUAUUAAAGCCUUUGAUACUGGUGGUGGAGACAUCCAAUAAUACAGUGGCUUAUAUUGCUUUUCCCAAGGGUCGUGAAGAAGAAAGGUCAGAAAUGGUCAAAAUGUUCUGCGAAGCUGUUUUUGGACGUGUAACACAGUCUGAGGAUAAUUACAAAGUUGUGUCACUAAAAGGAAAACAUACUCAGAUUUUUUUAGACUGGUCUUAUAAAUUAAUGGAAAGUAGAAAAAAGGAUGUUGUUAAGUCCUAGCAGCAGUUAGGACAAAAUAUUUAGACUUACUUUGUCGAGUUUGUUACAUGAUAUAUUUUACCAACACAUUGCUACUUGAUACAUUUUACACACGCAUAUUUUAACUGCUCGUCACCUCAACGCAACAAAGUCGUAACUCAGUUUCUGUAAACUUUUCAGUACAGACAAAAAACAUCUUAUUUUAAAGAAAAAUAAUAAUUACUAAGCAACUUUUUAUGCCCCCCUUUGAAAAAGGAGGGGUAUAUUGUUUUGCAGAUGUCGGUUGGUCUGUCGGUCGGUCGGUCGGUCGGUCGGAAUGUAGACCUAUCCGUUUCCGGAUGAUAACUCAAGAACGCUUGGGCCUAGGAUCAUGAAAGUUGAUAGGGAGGUUGGUCAUCACCAGUAGAUGACCCCUAUUGAUUUUGAGGUCUGUAUGUCAAAGGUCAAGGUCACAGUGACCCUGAAUAGUAAAACGGUUUCCGGAUGAUAACUCAAGAACGCUUAGGCCUAGGAUCAUGAAAGUUGAUAGGGAGGUUGGUCAUCACCAGUAGAUGACCCCUAUUGAUUUUGAGGUCUGUAUGUCAAAGGUCAAGGUCACAGUGACCCUGAAUAGUAGAACGGUUUCCGGAUGAUAACUCAAGAACACUUGGGCCUAGGAUCAUGAAAGUUGAUAGGAAGGUUGGUCAUGACCAGCAGAUGACCCCUAUUGAUUUUGAGGUCAGUAUGUUAAAGGUCAAGGUCACAGUGACCCUGAACAGUAAAACAGUUUCCGGAUGAUAACUCAAAAACGCUUAGGCCUAGGAUCACGAAAGUUGAUAGGGAGGUUGGUCAUGACCAGCAGGUGACCCCUAUUGAUUUUGAGGUCAGUAUGUCAAAGGUCAAGGUCACAGUGACCAGGAACAGUAAAAUGGUUUCCAGGCAAUAACUUGAGAACGCUUGGGCCUAGUGUCAGGAAAAUUGAUAGUUAGGUUGGCCAUGACCAGCAGAUGACCCCUAUUGAUUUUGAGGUCAGUAUGUUAAAGGUCAAGGUCACAGUGACCCUGAACAGUAAAACAGUUUCCGGAUGAUAACUCGAGAACGCUUAGGCCUAGGAUCACUAAAGUUGAUAGGGAGGUUGGUCAUGACCAGCAGGUGACCCCUAUUGAUUUUUAGGUCAUUAGGUCAAAGGUCAAGGUCACAUUGGCCAGGAACAGUUAAAUGGUUUCUGAUCUUCUUGUCCAAAACCAUAAAGCCUAGGGCUUUGAUAUUUGGUAUGUAGCAAAAUCUAGUGGUCCUCUACCAAGAUUGUUCAGAUUAUUUCCCUGGGGUCAAAUAUGGCCCCACCCCUAGGGUCACAUGGUUUAUAUAGCCUUAUAUAGGAAAAAACUUUGAAAAACCUCUUGACCAAAACCACAGGGCCUAGGGCUUUGAUAUUUUGUAUAUGACAUCAUCUAGUGAUCCUCUACUAAGAUUGUUCAAAUUAUUCCCCAAGGGUCAAAUAUGGCUCCGCCCUGUGGGUCACGUGGUUUACAUAUACUUAUUUACAGUGUGCAUAUAAUUUCUGUUCCUUGUGCAAUUACUAAAUGCAUCAAGGGGGGCAUUUCGUGUUCGACGAGCUCUUGUUGAAAUUUAUUUUGCAACAGAAAAAUAAAUAAAGCAAGUACUUCAGUAUAAUUGAAACAUAAUUCAGGAAUGCAAUUUUGUGAAUAUUUUGAGUUACGACCUUGUUGCACUAAAACUGUGUAUAAUUUAUGAUAUUUUUUUGUGCAACAAGGUCGUAAGUCAUUACAUUUCAUUAGAUGUUUAGAUAUUUUAAUGUCAAUAAAACAUAUUUAACAAAAAUAUCUGUUAAAUAUCCUGGUGACUUACACAUCAGAAAUAAUUGUAUUAAAAAAAGCCACUUUAUUAUAAUAAUAAAAUAUCUAUAUUCAAAUUCUUUCAAAAUUGCACUUUUGUGUUUCAAAAUCUUUAAUAAAAUUACAUAACAUUAUAAUUAUGCACAUCUUCAGAGAAUUUUUUUUAAAUAAAUCAAACUUUCUUUAGAUAAAACAUUUUGUUUGUUUUUUCAAACAGGUAUUGAAAUAUCUUUGCCCAAUACAGGUAUGCACAAGGUAAGACAGGUAAUAAAAACUUCUUAAGUCUAGCAAUAAUUAUUAUUCAGUUAUUGGGGUUAUUCAGUUUCUUACUUGUCAUGACAAAUUUGAUAAAACUUGAAUGUUUUCAAAAACAAUCUAUAUCAUGAAUUAAUAAUUCAAAAUUGUAACAAUGUACUGAACUGUACAUUUACUGAGGUUUACAUCUGAUAAACCAAGACCUGUAAUGCAUACAAAAAACAGAAUUUUGGUUAGAAAUUCCUUUUCUUUUCCUCAUGUGAAAGGAACAAGUAAAAUGUAUGGUGCAUACUUGGAAUGAGGUUUUUUCUACAAAGUAACCAAGUCCACAUACUUCUGCCAUGGAAUUUUUAUGAAUUCUGAACGCAACUGCUUAUAAGUUGUAAACUACAAGGACCUUAGGUGUUGGAAUUUCCCUCAAACGUAAAUUCUGAAACAAACUCACAUAAUGUGUCUCACCUGAAUAGUCAGUUUGGUAUUCAAAAAUAUUUGGACUAUCUGAAUUCAGUCUCUGAGUAUUUCAAUGGAAUUCCAGUAUAAUUUUUCUCUGUCAGUGUUAAUAUCAAAAUUUUUGGUAACAGUUGACAUGCUUUUAAAAGCAAAGAAAUCCGUCUAAGGCAUUUCUUUAACAAUGUAUGGGUGUUUAAUGUGUGCCAUGUGCACAGUAGCAGACCACUCUGGAGUGGAGUAAAUUGGUUUUCUAUCAGAGGUAGCUCUUUCUAUGGUGUAAUGAAUUGAGUCCCCUUCACUCUGAGUAUGCCCCUUUCCUAAGUAUUUAUGGGUAUGGGUAUUUACUUUUUCCCUCCUACACUUACCAAAACGAUCAACAUAACUUUUCCCCUCAUUUUUACGUUUUUUUUGCAAGGUUUCUUUUCCAAUUAUCGGGAUUUCUUGUUUUUUUUCGGCCCCUACUUGGU